UGUUAAGGGCUUCCGGUUUCCUGUCUUUUUCAUCUGCGGAGAGAACAGCAAUGAGUUACUGAAAUCAGACGGCAGAAAUCUGUUAAAUUGUCGACGGUUUCACUUUGCUUAUUGUUUGAAGAACUUAAGGCCCUAAAAAUGGGCAGAAGUAGAAGCCGAUCCCCACCAAAGCGAGAGAGACGACGCUCUCGCUCGGGUUCAAGGGACCGCGAACGAAAGCGCAGGGAGAGGGAACGCUCCCGUUCUCGGGACAGGGAAAGGCGAAGGAGCCGCUCACGCUCUCCAGCCCGAAGGCGGCGCUCAAGGUCUCCUCGCCGGCUGCGCUCUUCUUCCGGCUCCCCCUCCAGGCAGAAGGACAGGCGUGAUGAUGAAGAUAAAAAGGAUUCCAAGGAUAAGCCAAUAAAGGAGCAUCAGAUCUCAGAGGAAGACAUGCAGGGCAAGACAGAAGAGGAGAUUGAGAUGAUGAAGAUUAUGGGAUUUGGCAACUUUGACACCACAAAGGGGAAGAAGACCAAUGGAGCAGUCAAUGCGCAUGCUAUCAAUGUGUCUCAGAAGAGGAAAUACAGGCAGUACAUGAACAGAAAAGGUGGAUUCAACAGACCUCUGGAUUUCAUUGCUUGAAGUAGGAUAAACAGAACAUACUCAUUGAUGUUCCCUAAAAUAUACUAUUUUAGCCUUGUUGUCUCUAGACUGUGUUUUGGUGAUAGAAGUUUAUUUUUUUGUAUUAUGUAUUUUUUUUUUCUCAUUUUGACACCCUGCACUGCAUAUAAGUUAUGCAAAGACCCAUGCAACUGAAUAUAAUGAAAUGUUUCUGUAAUAUGUUUAGCUUAUUUUAGUCUUGUUGACAACAUGCCUGGGUCGAUAUGCUUUUCAGGGUGCAUUUUAAUUGAGGUGUUUUUGGGUCAUAUUAAAAACGUUCAUUCAGA